AUGGAAGAACAAAUAGCAAGUUGUGCUGCCUUGUGGUCUACUGAAUAUGAGAAGACUGUAAUUGCCAUUUUGAAGAGAAGGAAGACUGGACAGACGCUUAAAAGAGAACACUACCACAUCUUGCAAACUUUUCAGAUUGCCUCCUUUGGUGAAAUAGAAACAGUUAAAAAGAAUGGAAAAUAUAUGGCAACUAAAGAAUCAGUCACAGGAAUUAUCCAACAAGCCCACAUUAACACCGGCCAUGGUGGCGAAAAGAAGACUUACAAGGAGGUGUGUGAACAAUAUGGAAAUAUUCCGAGAUCAAUUGUGUCAUUAUAUAUCGUGCAUUGUGAGCGCUGUGUUGAAAAGCGUCGCAGAAAAGAAACGGUAGCAGGAGUUGUAGUCAGACCACUGUCCGUAAGAGAUCUCAAUGAAAGAGGACAAGUAGAUCUGGUCGACAUGCAGACUAUGAAGGAUGGAAGUUAUCGCUUUAUUCUGCACUAUAUGGAGUAUCUAACGAAGUUUCAUGUGAUUCGUCCCCUGAAAUCAAAGACAGCAGCUGAGGUUGCCAAUGAACUUCUUUUCAUCUUCUUAGAUAUAGGUGCACCACACAUCCUUCAGUCUGACAAUGGACGUGAAUUUACAGCUGAAGUGAUCCAAGAACUUGCCUCACUAUGGCCUGAACUCAUCUUAGUAAAUGGGCGUCCUCGGCAUCCCCAGAGUCAGGGAUCUAUUGAGAGAGGUAAUGGGGAUAUGAAACUCAAGCUCAUGGCAUGGAUAAGAGACAAUAAUUGUGCUAAAUGGAGUUAUGGUGUCCGUUUUGUUCAGUGGGCCAUGAACAGUUCAUAUCAUGAGGCAAUCAAGAUGACUCCCUAUCAAGCGCUCACUGGCAACAAGCCAAGAUGUGACUCUCAGCAGCAACCUGCUAUGGAACAAGAAAAUAUCUCAACCGAAGUACUGCAUCCAGCAAAACAGGCAAGAAAGGAAGCUGAGUAUGGUCUUCAAAAGCAAGCUCAACGAAUGUUAGCACGCAUCACUAGAUCAAUGCGAGCAGUUGAUGUUGGAGACAAUGUGUCUGUACCGGUGUCUCAAUUUGACCGUAGUAAAGGAGACCCCCCUAACAUAGUAGGUGUUGUAUUAGCAGUUGAAGACAGUGGUUAUGUGAUUGGCACAAAAAGUGGAAUUAUCAAUGGCAGCAGUAGCGAAUGUACCCUGCUUUCCUCUCCCUCUCCCUCUCCCUCUCCCUCUCCCUCUACCACUACCACUACCACUACCACUCUUACUUCCACCAUCAUUCUCACUCCCUUUCCCACUCACUCUCGUACUCCCACCCCCAUGCAACUCUCCGACUCCCACUCCCCCAUUCCCAUUACCACUCCCUAA